ACACCCCACCUCUAGUGAGCAGCAGGUGAAUACUCUUCGUUUACUUUGAGUCUGCUAACGUAUACUAACAUAUAUGCUGCACAGCCGUUUCACUGUUACCAAGCCAUCAUUUACUUCGGACAUGGUGGACACGCAGACGUUUGCCUGGCCCGUGGGAUUCGGCCUGAGCGCUCUGGAGCUGGACGAACUCGACGACAGCUCGCACUCCAUGGGCAUGAAACCCUUCUCCACGCUGGACUACACCACCAUCUCCGGCAUCGAGUACGAGCCGAGUCCGCCGCAGAACGAGAUGCCGCACAUGAUGGAUCUGACGCAGAUGUACAACUACAGAGCGCAGGAGAACUACAGGAUGCAGGAGAGCGUCUACAGAGCUCAAGAGAGCAGCUACACUGCUGAAGAGAGCAGCUACAGAGCACACCAACCCCAAAAUUCUAUCAAACUUGAACCCGGGUCUCCUCCACAGUUUGUGGAGAACAGCCUGUCAUUUUCCAAACCUCAUGAAGAUCAGGCCACCUCAGUGUUAAACAUCGAGUGUCGUGUGUGUGGAGACAAGGCCUCUGGCUUCCAUUACGGCGUUCACGCCUGCGAGGGCUGCAAGGGAUUCUUCCGCAGAACCAUUCGACUGAAGCUGGUCUAUGACCACUGCGACCUGCACUGCCGCAUCCACAAGAAGAGUCGCAACAAGUGCCAGUACUGCCGCUUUCAGAAGUGCCUGAUGGUGGGCAUGUCACACAACGCCAUUCGUUUUGGUCGAAUGCCCCAAGCCGAGAAAGAGAAGCUCUUGGCGGAGUUCUCCACUGACGUGGAUCACAUGCACCCCGAAUCGGCUGAUCUCAGAGCCCUGGCCAGGCAACUCUACGAGUCCUAUCUGAAGUACUUCCCCCUGACCAAAGCCAAGGCCAGGGCCAUACUCUCAGGAAAGACCAGCGACAACACACCUUUCGUUAUUCACGACAUGAAGUCUCUGUUGGAAGGCGAGCAGAUGAUCAACUGCCGGCAGAUGCCCAUGCAGGAGCACAGGAGGUCCGACAUGGGCAUCAUGCACGAGGUGGAGCUCCGCUUCUUCCACAGCUGCCAGUCGCGCUCGGCCGAAGCCGUCAGCGAAGUCACCGAAUUCGCCAAGAGCAUCCCUGGCUUCGUGAACCUGGACUUGAACGACCAGGUGACGCUCCUGAAGUACGGCGUCAUCGAAGUUCUCAUCAUCAUGAUGGCGCCUCUCAUGAACAAAGACGGCACCCUCAUCUCCUACGGUCAGAUCUUCAUGACCCGCGAGUUCCUCAAGAGUUUGCGCAAACCCUUCUGUGAAAUGAUGGAGCCCAAGUUUGAGUUCUCCGUCAAGUUCAACAUGCUGGAGCUGGACGACAGCGACAUGGCGCUGUUCCUGGCCGUCAUCAUCCUGAGCGGAGAUCGGCCGGGUCUGCUGAACGUCAAGCCCAUCGAGGAUCUCCAGGAGACGGUUCUUCAUUCUCUGGAGCUGCAGCUGAAGAUGAACCAUCCCGACUCUCUCCAGCUGUUCGCCAAAGUCCUGCAGAAGAUGACGGACCUGCGGCAGCUGGUGACCGACCACGUCCAGCUGAUCCAGCUGCUGAAAGAGACAGAGGUGGACUGGUGCUUGCACCCGCUUCUGCAGGAGAUCAUGAGGGACUUGUACUAGUGUGUGCUUUGCAGAUGCACACUGUUUUUACUCUGAGUUUGGUUUACUGCUCUGAUGUAGUCGGUGAAGUUUUUGCACUGUAAAAAACUUUUGUCAGCAGAGAAACUAGAACAGAGUGUUACGCGUUUGACAGCGACAGCUUUGUGAUUCGUUUCUGGCUUUCAAGAGUGCCGUGCCCAAUGCAACGGCGCUGGUUAAAGAGGGCAGUACCACUGUGAAGAUGUUUUACCAGGUGAUUUAAAACCACACUUGUGUUUGUGCAUUCAUAGCUCUUACAGAUAAAGCCACGGAAACAUAAAAGUGACACUCCAUAUUUCAUUUUUUAAAAUGACACAAAUACAGUGUGUGCAAGAGUCUGACACCACACCACAAGUUAGGGAUUUUUUAUUUAACCCUCAAAUCAAGCAUUUAACAAAAAAGAAGAAGAAAGAUACGUUUUCUGAGUGACUAGGCAAAUAUAAAUAAAUUUUAAUUUCAAAUAGUGGCAAUCACCAUGUAAACUCAUUUAAUAGAGAUUUUUCAAAUUCUGCUGAUUUAAUCUGUAAUUAUUAAAUAUAUACACGGGGGUUAAAUCAAACUCAACAUGCUUCAAAAAGUAUUUUGAACUUCAACAGAAGCAAAAAAAAAAAAAAAAAAAAAAAGACUGGUGUUUGUCACUAUUUUAUAUUUAAUUUAUUAUAUAUUUAAAUGUAUUUUAUUAGAAGAGAAUACAAAUGAAUCAGAAGCAAGAACUCGUGGUCUCAGACUUUUAGACCCUGUUUUAUCAUGUUUAAUUUUUGGCCAUUAUCAAACGGUUUCAAAUAGCACUAACAAAGUUCACAUUUACAAAAGAGUGCCACAUGUAUGUCUCCAACAUUUGUUGAUGUAGGGCUGCAAUAAAAGUUACUUGUCUUGGACGGAGAAGAGAAAACUAAACACACACCACUAUCAUCAGAUGUACCAAAGAGCUGCCGUUUGUCUCGAACUAUGCACGGAAUAUAUGAAUAUGUAAGCGUGUCGUUUCAUUUUAACCACUGAUAUGUCACAGGUGACAAUUUCCUCUUUUUCUUGUUUUUGCUUAUACAUGGAGCAAAUACAACCCAUACUUAGAUUAUUUUCCAUCUGCUCUUUUUGCCUCAAAUUCUGAACUUAAGUGUGUUGUCUUUUACAUAUAUAAAAAAAAAAUUUAAAACUGGG